AUGAUGUCACAACAACAACGAGUACCAUUUAUGGCAUAUAAUAGUAUUGUUGUACGAUCUGAAAUUCCAUACUAUUCAUCUAGAUUAAACAAGAAACUAUUAGACGAUGUAACCUCAUCAAGAUUAAUAAAGUAUUUAGCAUCGGACGAUAAAAAGUUAGUGAUUGAAGCCAUCAAUAUACUUUUGACGAGAUCGUAUCAAGGCAAGUUACUCUUUUCAACGCAACUAAAUGUACAUUUUGACCAAAAGCAAUACAAGUCACCUACACUAUUCGAUGCGCUGCUUCAUACGAUCGUCAAGAUUCAAGGUUUCAGUGUCGAAGGUGGACAAAAACAAAUAUUCAAGCUAAAGAUUGACAACAACAAAGGUGAACUCAUCGACAAGACUGUUGCUAUUCUCAGAAACGCAAUUCUUCAACAACCAAACGAUAUCGUCAUUGCCACCAGUCCAACAGCUGUCGUGGCUCUCCUCGAAAUCCUAUUCAACUACUUUAGAAUCAAAACAUCGAUCACUUCAAUACUCGAUCAUCAACAAGGACUUGAAUCUUGGAAUCUCGAUACUGCCAGCGUCCCUCAAAUCUCUUCAAAUACUCCAAAAUAUAUUUUGGAAAUAUUUUCAAAGAUUGCAAAGAAAUUACCUUUAAAUAUUAAUAAUAAUAUUAAUAAUAAUAAUAUUAAUAAUAAUAAUAUUAAUAUUGUUGCUAAUGGAAAUACUGCGACUAAUAAUAAUAAUAAUAAUAAUAAUAAUAAUAAUGUAAAUGGAAACGGAAAUGGAAAUGGAAACGGAAAUGAAAAUAAUAAUAAUAAUAAUAAUAAUAAUGAACAAACAACACCAACAACUACAACAACUGAACAACAACAACAACAACAACCAAUUGAUCAACAAGAAAAAGAACAAUUACCAUUUAAUACAUUUAAUCAAGAAGAUAUAACAUAUGUUUAUUUUAAUGAUGGUACAGUUCAAGAACCAGUAUUAAAGGUAUUGCCAAGUGGAACGGCCAAGAGAUUGUUGGAGAUUCUAGAGAUGGCUUUGUUUGUAUAUGACAAUGACGAAGCAUUGAUGGCAUGUGUUGAAACAUUGGAGUCAGUUUCGAAACCAAGUUCAUUCAAGCCAUUGGUCGACGAAGUUUUACUCAAACCAAUCUACGAACCAUUGUUUGAGACCAUAGUAUCGACCAUUUCAUCGCCUCUUUUACCAGAGAGCAGUAAUGGAACGGGGGUAACCUCACCAAUUGCCCAAACACCAACUGGACAACAUCAAAUGACAGCAUCUACAACCACCAGCACAACCAACUCUUCAUCCAAUUCCUCUGUCAACACACCCGUCACUCCAAUGGUAUCCACCAUCCUCCACCUCAAACAAUCGCCUGUUGUCCUUCACAAGCGAACCUUUAUCGACAGACUCAUUGAAUUGUUGGGUCAUCCAAACAAUGAUAUUCAAUUGUCAUCAUUAAACGUUAUUUAUAAUUUAAUUAAAACAAGUCAAAAAUCAAGAAUUAUGAUUUGUCAUAUUUCAGGAUUAGUUAGACAUGUAUGUAACCUUUUAUCAUAUAAACCAGGAGACCAUCAAAUGGAGAUGGGUAAAAAGGCAGCCACUCUAUUAUCAUACUUUUCAAGGGAGCAAUUAAAUAUUCCAGUACUCCUUCAAUUCGAAACUUUGUUGACUCAAAUCGCUCUUUCUGACAAUCCCCACACUGAAAUCGUUACCAACAUUUUGAUUAAAUUGGAAACUACAAAAUAA